GGGCUCGCCAUUCACAGGUGUAACAGACGCCAUUUUGAGACUUUAACAGUCGAUGAUUUCUUUGAAACAGUAUUCGUGUGUCCUACCAGUGUUCAGUGUAGUGGAUGGAGUCGCUGACAAUAAACGUCAUUUGACUUCUUUUUGUUUCCAAUAGUGACGGAUAACUCUUAAUAUUUUAUUAGUGCACGAAAGAGGAAGGUACUCCAAUGUUUUCGCCAGAUGGUCACGUUAAGACGUACGACUGAUCGGUUGGAUGUUUUCGUAAUUAUAAAAGGAUUAAGUUCAAUUUCUACAACAUACAAGGUCAUAUCUUCAUUCUGUUUGUUUUUUUGUGGGGUUUUUUUUUCAAAGGCGCUGAUACCAAUUUCCGAGGAAAACAAAUACGAAUCAUCAACUUACGGAGUUUUCAGUUACAUCCUAUAAAGGGAACCUAAAGUGUUGGUGUGGACAUCAUGUAAAAUCAACCUGCAGAAUUAGCGCUAAAAACCUGUAAUAUAAUCCUGAUGUAUGUGCUGGUAAUUUGAAAAAAGAAAGCUACCAUAUCUACAAAGCGAACCUGCCGUUGUAAAUUGACCGGUGCUGACAACCUGCAAAAUGGACAUGUUGUGUUGGUGCUGACAAUCUGCAAAAUGGACAUGUUGUGUUGGUGCUGACAAUCUGCCAAGUGAACCUGUAGUGUCGGUGAUUACUAUUUGCAAAGUAAACCUUUUGUGUCGGUGAUGACUAUCUGUGAAACGAACCUGUCGUGUCGGUGCUGACAGUCUGCAAAAAAAACCCUUUGUGUGGGUGUUGACAAUCUGCAAAGUAAGAUUGUUUUGUUGGUGCUGACAGUCCGCAAAGUGAACCUGCUGUGUUGACUAACGCAUUACUAGCAUAAAUUAAGCGAGGAAUUAAUAUUCUAAAAUGAGAUCUGUGCGAUUGUUUUUUGGAAUUAUUGUGAUUGGGGUUGUCGUACCAUUUCUUUUCUUGGCAUUCUACACAAGAUUUAACUCAGUGGAAGAAAUACUGUCGUUUUCUCAGCAGAGUUCUCUGUCUCAGAGAUCGUCGCUGAAGUAUGUUACAAAAGAAGACUACUGCAACAGCCCAGAAGCAGUCACGGAGAUACGACCACAAAUGCUACGUAAUAUUUUUGUCAAUGACAAAUACAAGAUACUGUACUGCGCGGUACCCAAAAUCGCGUGCACCAACUGGAAAAGAAUUUUUAUAAUCCUGUCUGGGAAGGUUGAUGAAACAGACCCAAUGAAACUGAAAGCCCGUGAAGUACAUGGUAUUCUUGAGGCGAAACAGACGCACUUGAGCGACUUUUCGCCAGAAGAAAUAAAUCACCGGAUCAAGAAUUACUACAAAUUUAUGUUUACCAGAGAACCUUUCGAGCGGCUUCUUUCAGCCUACAGGAACAAAUUUGCCAGCAAUAAUGUCGUGUUCAGGAGGGGUUUUGGUAAAAAGAUCUUAGCACGGUACAGACUGAACCCGUCCAGGAAAGAAGUCCUCACCGGUGCUGGCGUCACAUUCUUGGAGUUCAUCCAGUAUUUGGUCGACUCGACUCGCGAGGAAGCCCUGAACUCCCACUGGAAGAAACUGACAGAUAUGUGUCAUCCAUGCUUGAUUAAAUAUGAUUUAAUUGGUGACAUGGAUAACAUUAACGACGAUGCUACCAAGAUCCUCGACCGUGUCGGGGCGUCGUCCAAAGUGGAAUUUCCGCGACGAGACGCCACCUACAAGCAUAAAGACACAGGAUCUGUUCUUUACCAUUUUUACAGCCAAGUUCCACGCGGAUUUUUAAACCAGUUGUAUAACAUGUAUUAUUCGGACUUUCUAAUGUAUGAUUAUAAAAUUCCAACAACUAUAAGGAACCUGACUAAAUGGAGGCGAAUGUAAAUAAAAUCUCACUGUUUGAAUCUAA